CGGGUUAUUCGCGUUGAAAGAGAUUUCGAAGGCUGUUCGCACCUACGUGAACUCUCAUAUGCAAUUGUCAAAAUGUGCGUGGAGACAAAAGCAAAAAUAUUUCCUUCCUUCUUUUUCGCAUGCAAAAACCAAACAAAUAUCAGCAACACCGUCAACGCGAAUUGUUUACGUAAUUCUGUAACCAAAAAGCCGGUUCGAACCUAAGCGAAUUACGGUACUGUUGCCACUGCUUGUUAAUUUAACACAUCAUUGUUUACAAUCUUUGAAUGGCUUUCGCGUUACGUUGUGUGUAUCUGAAUAAAAUACGUCAACUUUCUAGAACGUUGCAAUUCUCAACGACUCAAAAUGGGCUGAAACUGAGCGAAUCUUGCGUCAAACGUUUGAUGGAAAUUUGUGAUAAGAACUCAUUUUUAAGGAUUGUUAUUGAAGGCGGAGGUUGUUCUGGAUUUCAAUACAAGUUUCAUAUCGAUAACAAUCUUGAAUCAGAUGAUCUUGUUUAUGGAGGAAAUAUUGCGCGUGUGGUAAUCGACAGAACAUCACUACAAUAUGUCGAUGGAUCGACGAUAGAUUUUCACACGGAGUUGAUUCGAUCAGGCUUCAGAAUCAUUGGGAACCCAAAGGCAGAAAAAGGGUGCUCAUGUGGUGCAUCAUUCUCGAUAAAACUCGAAUAAAGAGAACUAGAACUGCAGUUUAUUUAAACGAUUGAAAACUUGCAUGAUCAAUCGAUCCUCUAUAUCUUUAUAUAUAUAUGUCGUUCAAAUAAAUAGUUAAUUAUGUAGAAAUUGUAUGCAGUUGAAGAAAAGUAUUGCAAAGCUUUUCAAGUUAAUAUAUAAAUAUAUUUUUAAAAAUUA